UUAAAUCCGGGCAAGUAGAAAGCUAGGCAUUGCCGCUUAAAUUCUUUGUGAUCAGUGCUCACCUUGACAAGCCUCACACAACCAAGAAAACAAAACAUAUUCGAAUUCGGAGAUGUUUCAACCGGAGUACGAACAUCGUUUACUUCGGGGACUCACAGGUGGCAAGAAGGAGCAGCUGGAUCUGCGCUGCAUUCCCACACGGGCUGGCAAUCAGUGGGCUCGAAACUUUGCCCUCGCUCCAGGAGACUCCAGCGAAUUGUGUGAGAAUUCCGCGUACACUUGUCUGCUGCGCAACGAGUUUCUGGACGAUCAGAUCUCUUCCCUGGAAAACUGCAAGCAAACCGCACAGGUUCAUGCCCAGACAGGUGACUUCAAGGUGCGGGAGAACAAUCGCCUCUACAGAUUUGCCAAUGGCAAUGGUUCGCCACCGCUGCGAACUCCAUUUGCAAACGUAAGUGAGAGCAGCCAACGGCUGCUUAGCAUCUCGAAGAGACCGGUACGCCGACUGCCGCGACGUCCGUACAAGAUUCUCGAUGCACCGGACCUGCAGGAUGAUUUCUACCUAAACCUCAUUGACUGGUCAUCGGAGAACACUUUGGCCGUGGGCCUGGGCUGUUCGGUUUACUUGUGGAGUGCCGUCAGCGGACAGGUGACAAGACUAUGUGACUUCAAUCGAGAGGACAACCUGGUCACAGCAGUUAGCUGGCACGGUGAUGGCCGUCAGGUGGCCAUUGGAACGCAAUUAGGCUACGUAACCAUCUGGGAUAUCGAGCGGCGGAAGGAGAACAACCGACUGGACGGGCACAAGGCGCGGGUAACUGCGCUAGCAUGGCGUGGCAACAGAUUGGCCAGUGGCUCCCGUGACCGCACCAUUCUGCAGCGUGAUGUCCGCAAUCCACCGACGCACAUAACCCGCUGUCUGCGCGGACACAGACUCGAGGUGUGCGGCCUCCAGUGGUCUCCCACCCAUCGCUACUUGGCCAGCGGGGGCAGCGACAACCGCCUGUUGGUGUGGACGGACGAUUGGCCAGAGCCCGUAUACGCCUUCAACGAGCACACGGCAGUGGUGAAGGCGCUUGGCUGGUCGCCGCAUAAAUCCGGUCUUCUGGCCAGUGGCGGUGGGUCUGCCGAUCGAUGCUUGCGCUUCUGGAACGUGCUUACUGGCAAACAGGUGCAGUGCAUAGACACCGGCGCUCAGAUCAGCAACUUGGCCUGGGCAAGGGAUUCCCUGGAAAUAGUAACCACACACGGACUGGCGCAGCCACAGGUCACUGUGUGGCGUUAUCCCUCGCUGAAGCAAGUGGCAAGGCUGACAGGGCACACCCAACGCGUUCUUCACCUGUCCGUGAGCCCGGACAACGAGUCCAUUGUCACUGGCGGCGCAGACGAGACGCUCCGCUUCUGGACAGUGUUCACCAAACAGCAAAAGCGCAACAAUUCGAACUCUUUGACCAGCUUGUAUUCAACCAUACGAUGAGAGCAAAAUUGCGACGUACCUUUGUUUUCAUUAGAAUUAUAUUUAUUAUCAGCUAAAAAAAUA